GUGAACUGAAUCCAGCAGACGCUGACAGAGGAAUACAGCGGUCGUCUAUGAACUGAUUUCCUCUUUGCAUCAGUUUUUUAAGCUUAGGGUUGUUAACAGGAAUUGUGGGACCUUACUUUGGUCCCCUAGCGAAAGUCACCCGUAAGGGACGGGACCGAGCUGUCUGGGCGUGUCUUCUUGCAUAGCAUCGAGGGGACGUCACGAAAAAGAAAAACCUUGCUAGGCAAAGUUGAUUGGGCUAAAGCGCUGUUCCAGCUCCCCAGUGAAGGCUUUCUAGGGCUUUUGCUUGGCUUCGGCAGAGAGGACGCGGUCGUCGGGCUUCAAGCGUGAGCGGUGAGAUUUUGGGUGAACAUCAUUUACUUCUCUGUCAUAAACGGUACCAUAGAACAAAAUAAUGAAGGAUAAUUUGAGAAGUUACACAGUGAAUAAAGUGUCCAAACCUGAACUUCCAAGCAAUGGCUAUGACAACCCUGCUUUCCAAAGUGAUGACACAGUUGCUCAAAAUGGCCAUUUAAAGAAGAACAAGAAAAAAAAGAAAGAUGAGAAGUCAAAGAAGAAAACGAACAAGAUGGUGGGCUUUUUUGAGCUGUUUCAUUUUGCAGAUGGGCUAGAUAUCGCUUUAAUGAUACUGGGAUUUAUCACAGCUGCUGCAGCUGGAAUUGGACAGCCACUUAUGAUCAUUAUCUUUGGCCAGAUGACAAACAGCUUUGUGGUGACUGGCCUAAAUGGGUCUACAGAUGCUGUACAAAUGAAUGGCUCUGCAUGUCCAGAAGCAGCUUCAGAUAUAGAAGGUCAAAUGGCCAUGCAUGCUUACUACUUUGUUGGUAUUGGCUUUGGGACAUUGAUCUGUAGCAUGAUUCAAAUGUGGACCUUUGUGACCACUUCUGCAAGACAAACAGCAAGGAUACGUGAGAAGUUCUUUUUUGCUGUACUUCACCAAGAGAUGGCCUGGUUUGAUACUACCCAGAUUGGAACACUGAACACUAGAUUAACAGAUGAUAUUAACACCAUUCAUGACGGCAUUGGAGACAAGAUCAGUAUAUUAGUCCAGUUUUUUACCACAUUUGUGGCGGGGAUUGUCAUAGGAUUUGUGUAUGGAUGGAAGUUAACCCUGGUGAUCUUGUCUGUUAGCCCUCUGCUUGCUGUAUCAGGGGGUCUGUGGUCAUAUCUCCUGUCAGUGUUGACUACUAAAGAGCUCUUGGCUUAUGCUAAGGCAGGUGCUGUGGCAGAAGAAAUCUUGUCAGCUAUCAGGACAGUUGUUGCUUUCAAUGGACAGGUGAAAGCUAUGGCAAGGUAUGAUGCAAACCUAGAGGAUGCUAGGAUUGUUGGAAUGAAAAAGGCCAUCACCACCAACAUUUCAAUUGGUGUCUCCCAGUUUUUUAUAUAUGGAUGCUACGCUCUUGCUUUUUGGUAUGGAACCAAACUCACAAGGGAUGAGAAAGAGGCCUACGACAUUGGGACAGUAUUAAUUGUGUUCUUUGCUGUGCUCAUUGGGGCAUUUUCCCUUGGGCAAGCAUCCCCAAAUUUGGAGAACUUGGCCAAUGCUCGAGGAGCAGCCUAUGAAGUCUUUAAAAUUAUCAGGAAGCCCCGUCCCAUAGAUAGCAGUUCUAGUGAGGGGUUCAAGCCAGACAGACUCCAAGGAGAAAUUGAAUUCAAAAACAUCCAUUUCAGCUACCCAUCUAGACCCGAUACACAAAUUCUCAAAGGCCUGAACUUAAAAAUCCAGCCUGGGAAGACUAUUGCUCUUGUUGGUUCCAGUGGUUGUGGGAAGAGCACGACAAUUCAGCUGUUGCAGAGAUUCUAUGAUCCAGCUGAAGGACAGAUUACUAUAGAUGGACAUGAUAUCCGGACACUUAAUCUUAAAUGGAUGAGAGAAAACAUUGGCAUUGUAAGCCAAGAACCAGUUUUGUUUGCUACCUCAAUAGCUGGCAACAUUCGCUAUGGCAGAGAAGAUAUUACUGAUGCUGAAAUUGAGCAAGCUGCUAAAGAAGCUAAUGCUUAUGACUUCAUAUCAAAACUUCCUGAUAAAUUUAACACCAUGGUUGGGGAAAGGGGAGCCCAGCUGAGUGGAGGACAGAAACAGCGUAUAGCUAUUGCUCGUGCCCUGGCCAGGAACCCCAAGAUCCUGCUGCUGGAUGAAGCCACCUCUGCUCUGGAUAAUCAAAGUGAAUCCAUAGUGCAAUCAGCACUUGAUAAGGCCAGAACUGGGCGUACCACCAUUGUGAUUGCUCACAGACUCUCCACCAUCAGGACAGCAGAUAUUAUUGCUGGCUUUGAGAAAGGUGUUCUGGUCGAACAGGGGACACAUAACAAACUCAUGGCAUGUAAAGGAGUCUACUAUGCCCUUGUAAUGCAACAGUGUUAUGGUGGAGAUGAUCAAGCAGAUAAAACAUCAGAAGAAGAGACAGAUUUUGAGACUGAGUCUGACGACGACAAUAUCUCUGGGGAAGAUGAUCUAAGUGAUCUGGAGGCAAAUGACUUGGAAAAUCCUAUUGGUGACACUGAAAUGGCUAGCAAAGGAAGUUUCCGUAGAACAUCGAACAGACACAGCAUCAGUAGGGCUUCUACUAAAAGAUACCCUGAAAGGAAGAAGAGAAAGAAAAGGAAGAAGAAAGCAAAGGAGGAUAAAGUGGAAGAGAAGCUCCCUGAAGUGCCUUAUUCCAGAAUUCUGGCUUUGAAUAAGCCUGAAUUCUGCUAUAUAGUGGUUGGAGUCAUUGCUGCUGCCAUUGGAGGUGGUGUUACUCCUGCAUUUGCUGUUCUGUUUGGUAAAAUCAUUGGGGCUUUCCAAGAAUUAGAUGAAGCAAAGAAAAGCCAAAAUACAGUGUUGCUGUCUCUGAUGUUUCUUCUUUUGGGAGUGAUUAGCUUGAUAACAUACAUAAUUCAGGGAUUCAUGUUUGGGAAGUCUGGGGAAGCUCUGACUAUGCGGUUGCGAUCCCUUUCAUUCAAAGCAUUGCUUCAACAGGAAAUUGGAUGGUUUGAUGACCAUAACAAUGGCAUUGGAGUUCUGUUAACCAGACUUGCAACAGAUGCUUCUCAAGUCAAAGGAGCUACUGGAAGUCGGCUGGGCUUGUUAACCAUGACUGUCUUUACACUUGUGACAGCUAUUGUUAUUGCUUUUGUACAUGGCUGGCAAUUAACAUUGCUCAUUCUGGGCUGUAUUCCUUUUGUUAUUGGUACAAAUGCUAUAAGAGUUAAAUCAGUGACUGGUCAUGCAUCAAAAGAUCAAAAAGCCCUUGAAGAAGCUGGAAGAAUUUCAACAGAAGCUGUAGAAAAUAUAAGAACUGUGGUUGCAUUAACAAGAGAAGAUAGAUUUUUUGAGAGAUAUAAUUCAAGCUUAGAAGCUCCAUACAGGGAUUCUCUUAAGAAGGCUCCCAUUCAUGGAUUUUCAUAUGCAAUAGCCCAAAGUGCCAACUUUUUUAUAAAUGCUGCUGUCUUCAGAUUUGGAGCAUGGCUUAUCGCCCACUGUUUCAUGAACUUUGAACAACUUUUUAUAGUAUUCGCUUCUGUAAUCUUUGCUGCUAUAAAUGUUGCUCAGUCUAGUUCUCUUGCACCAGACUUUGGAAAAUCAAAAGUUUCUGCCAAAAGAAUUUUUCAGCUUUUGGAUCGAAAACCACGAAUUGACAGCUACAGUGAAGAAGGUGAAAAAUUGAAGAAAUUUGAAGGUAAUAUUGAAUUCAGAGACAUCCAUUUUGUAUAUCCAACCAGAAUGGAAGUUCAGGUUUUGCAAGGACUCAAUAUAAAAGUUAACAAAGGGCAAACUCUGGCACUGGUGGGAAGCAGUGGCUGUGGCAAAAGCACCUCCAUUCAGCUGCUGGAGAGAUUCUAUGACCCAGGAUCAGGACAAGUGUUUGCAGAUGGAGUGAACACCAAAUCUCUACAUAUACAAUGGCUGAGAUCCAAACUUGGCCUUGUGCAGCAGGAGCCUAUUCUGUUUGAUUGUAGCAUUUCAGAGAAUAUCCAGUAUGGAGACAACAGCCGAGUUGUCAGCCAGGAAGAAGUUGAAGAAGCAGCUAAAGCAGCUAAUAUUCACAAUUUUAUAGAAAAUCUCCCAGAGAAAUACAAUACUCGAGUAGGUGAUAAAGGAGCACAGCUUUCCGGAGGACAGAAACAAAGAAUAGCCAUUGCCCGUGCCCUUGUCCGAAAACCAGCAGUUCUUCUUCUGGAUGAAGCCACAUCAGCUCUUGACACAGAGAGUGAAAAGAUUGUCCAGAAGGCCUUGGAUGAAGCCAGGAAGGGUCGAACUUGCAUUGUUAUUGCUCAUAGGUUGUCCACUAUCCAGAAUGCUGACAUCAUAGCAGUCAUCCAGAAUGGCAAAGUAAUGGAACAGGGUACUCACAGCCAGCUGCUAGCGAUGGGGGGAUUCUAUUAUGAACUUGUCAAUGCGCAAGUAUCCCAUUAGUCUAGGCUGCAAGGUGUGCCCUAUUUAUAGAACCAGAAAUAGAAUCUCUGGGAAAAAUCAUGGCCAGGAGGAUACCAAAAAAAUGCAAUGCCCCAGGAAGCAUAGGACUUUUGUUUCUCAAACAGCAGUCCCCUUGGCCACACUGCAAACUUCAUUUGAAAAUGAAGGGAUUAUGAUAGAGAGGGAGGGGAGGAUCUCCUGUUGAAAGGGAGGUCAGAAUCUCCAUUAGGCAAGCUUAAAUCCUUGAGCACACCUAAAAUAGCUCUUUGGAUCCCAGUCACAAUUAAGGCUGGCUGUGCCAUAUUCUUAUAACCAUUGUCAAGUAGUGCUCAGGAGCCUACAGAUGCAAAGUGUGGGCAUGUUGGACAUCUUCAUAAGGAAGGAAAGACAUUUAUUUAUAUUUUGCUUUGUUGCAGAAUGUUUUGUAUUAUGAUGUAUUAUGAUGAUUUAAAGUUUUGUAAAAGUAAUAAAAAUAACUGAAAAAAACAGUAAAAA